AUAAAUCAUCCCUGUGACUCCAACUUUCCUUUCAUCUGCUAUGGUCCAGCUGUGGAGACCCCUGAGAAACCUCAACUGAAGAGACAGGUGGUGAGAAUGAAGAUGACCCCAAAGGAUCAACAUCUGAACAUCAGUGAUCCUGCUGUUCAGGACACCAUCUUACAAGAGAUAAGGAACAAGCUGAAGGAGCAGGGGUUACCUGCAGACACCAAAGUGACAUGGAAAAAGCAGCCUGAUGGGAAGGUCUUCCACAAGGAGGAAGAGGGGUCUCCCAAGAAAGAAGAGGAGGAGAAGAAGAUGAAGAGGAUGAUGACAAAGAGAGAACUCUAGUUAUGUAAAAUGUUCUCCUUUAAUUUAUCUUUUUUAGUUAUAUUAAUUAUCUGUACUGGGAUGUAUUUUCUGAACCUAAUUAAAUGUGUUUUAUUAAUUAAAUUGUUUGAGUAUAAACAUCAAUAGUGUUUUAUCAUGAGAUGUUUUUCUUGAUCAUUUUCUUGACUUGGUUGUUUUAUUACAGGGUGUGUUCUCAAGACAGACAUUUCACACAUCAUGUCUGUAAAUAAGUUAUUUGUAGUUAUGUUGAUAUUCAGGGCUGGGAAAAAGUAUUUUCCUCCUUUCUAAUGUUCUCAACUUUUACAGAUUUAAGAUGCUGAAUGUUAUCAGAUCUUCAAAGAAAACAGAAUAUUAGAUGAAGGGAACCUGAGUGAACAAAUAACACAACAAUUACAUACUUAUUUCAUUUAUUUCAUAAACAAAGUUAUGUAACAUUCAAUGUUCAUGUGUGAAAAAUUAAAAAGCUCUUGGUUGUGGACAAAAUAAGUAUAAAUAUGGUUUGUUAUUUUGCAAACUCAGGUUCACUUUAUCUAAUUUUAGGUUUUGGUUGAAGAUCUGAUAACAUUCAGUAUCAAAAAUAUGCAAAAAUAGAGAAUAUCAGAAAGGGGGCAAAUACUUUUUCACAGCACUGUGAGUAUCAAUGUGUUUUUCUAAUUGGAAUGUAACUUACUUUAAUUGUAAAUGUAUUUAGACCACAGUUUACAUACUGCAUAGCCAAUGUAGUCUCAGCAUGUUUUUUAUUGGUUAAUGAAGAUGUCUCUUCUGAUGAUCAAGUAAAUACCCGUUGCAGAUUGACAGUAUCGG